GGCGGCGCGCUGCUUUCAGGAAACAAGUGUAAAAGUAAACAGCAGAGGAUCAAACUCUCCGCCGCUGAAGAUCUGACACAUAAAGACACGAACACCGAAAUAAACACCGACAGCGAUGGACAACAGCGCGUACGGGGCUUCGCUGGCCGGCGGAGCUUUUGAUUUCAGGAGCUUUAUUAAACAGCCGCAGACGAUCGUGCGGAUUUUCAGUUGGAUCUUCUCAAUAGUAGUGUUUGCUACCCUAAUUUCUGAAGGCUACAUCAAUGAAUCAACUGGAGCGGACACUAAAUGUAUUUUCAAUCAAAAUGACAGUGCUUGCAGUUAUGGUACUUUUAUUGGAAUUCUAGCUUUCCUGGCCUGUGUUAUCUUUAUUGUGCUGGAUGCAUAUCUCCCUCAGAUCAGCAAUGCCAACGAAAGAAAAUACGUUGUCCUGAGUGAUCUUGUUUUCUCUGGUGUCUGGACAUUUCUGUGGUUUGUGUGUUUCUGUGUGCUAGCCAAUCAGUGGUCUAACACACAGACAACUGAUGGAAUCCCCGCCGAUGCAGCCCGAGCCGUGGUGGCCUUCUCUUUCUUCUCCAUUGCUACCUGGGCACUGCUCACCGUGUUUGCAUUUAAACACUACCGUCAGGGCUUGGACAGCGUUGGGCUGGGCUACACCGAUCCUGUCAGUGACCACACCUCACCUUAUCCGUCUGCGUAUCCAUAUCCUCCUGGUGCUCCUGAAGGUUACCAGCAGUCCCCGUUCGCUAACAGUUCUGCAGGAGAAGGAGCGUAUCAGCCUCCGUCUUACUGAAGCUAACUAGUGUUAAAGAAAGCAGUUUAACACAAAUCUGUGUGGACUGAUUCAUAUUCUUCACUUUGUGUUUUUUCCAGCCUUUGUUUGACACUUGGGUUCCUGGUGUGUUUUCAGGAACUUGAAAGCUAUUUAUUUUUUACUUGAUUUGGCUUCUAGCACCUGCCGCACGCUUAUCCUUGAGUGGGACAGUUGUGUUUUUAACAUCAGUGAGAAUGAACUUGUUAGGUUCAUUGUUGGUUUAUUCUGAAUUGGCUUUCACUAAAUGGAUUUGACUCCAGCUGUAUGUUUUUAUAUUAAGAUGGCAGACAGUCCUAAAUUUACAAUCAUCUAACAUAGCUGAACAAGCACUGAAUAACUACCUUGAUUUUCUUAGGAAGUGGGUUAGUAUCCAAACAAAUGCACUUGGAAAAACUCAAUCAAAACCAGACUAAUUGUGUAAAUGUGCCAAAUACACUAAGAUGCUAAAGGAAUUCUUUAAAAACAACACCAUUGCCAAAUUAUAAUAAUUGUUAUAGUACAUGGAUAUGUUGACUUUCCUAUUUGCCAAAUAAAUAUACUAAAAGUUGUCUUCAGUCUUGUCGAGACUGAAUUAGAUAUUGAUGAGUAGUUGGAGUGAUGUUGUGAAAUUGAAAAUGAACUACUGUAAACAAAUGCUUGGGUUUCAUUUGUGCAAGACAAUGGGUUUUGUGUGCGCACUGAUAAUGCAGAUAAGUAAGUGAAACUUUAUGCACCUUGAAAUGCUUAACUUUCAUAUAAAGUUCACUAUGUGUGUAUUGUUCUGCAAGUGAUCUUUAAAAUGUCUUCUUUUGUGUCCGGCCAAAUACGAUGCAAGGUUUCUACCUCUUACUGAAGUACUUGGGCUUUUUAAGGGGCUUGUAGUAAGUAAGUCUACACAUCUAUUUAUGUAUUGACACUUUUUCAGCAUAUCCCCGAAUUGAAACGGGAUAGCUCACCAAUCUAUGUUAGUGUCUAAUAAUACAGUAUGGUUAUAAUCAAGGCAAAGGUUUUCAUAUCAUUGUUCAAUUCAAGCAAACACUGUCUUCUUGCUUUCUCUUCUCGUUCUUUUACUAUGCAACUGUUACUGAAACAGCAGUUAUUACUAUAUGAUCUUGUUUUGUAAUGAAACACUGCCCAAUAAAAACUUGAUUCCAUGAUUGUUAACUAA